AUGCCGCAGGAUAUGCCGCCUGUUGGGGGGUAUGGGGCUGUGCAGUACAAGCGCAACCUCCCCGCCCACGGCCUUUUCCGUCCCCGUAACCUUAUCCUCGCCUCGGCAGGCCUGAUGGUCUACGGCUGGUACCAGCUUGUUGUGGGUGUCAGAGAAAUGAAUGAAAUGGCCCGCGAAAAGAUGUGGGCGCGCAUCCACCUCAUCCCUAUGCUCCAGGCCGAGUGCGACCGCGACCUUGUCCGCAGACACCUGGCUGACCAGGCGAGGGAGAAGGAGCUGUUGGGGGAGAACUUUAAGGUUUACAACUCUGAUAGAUACGUCCGGCCUACCUUUGCGGCUGUGCCUCAGCAUGUUACGAAAUAGAUGGGGGUCUUGACGAUGGGCGGAUGGAUGUUGGAGGGAUACCUCAAUUAUUACAGAAAAAAAGAGAGUUUAUGCUUGUGUUUGAGAGGGUGUGUAUAUACUUGAUGAAGACAAUAGAGGGGACACUUACAGACUUGAAGUUCAAGCAUAACAAGGGGUAGUGGUGGACAGGGUGUAAGCUCUGAGCCACGCUCAAGCUUGGGGUUUGAGGACUCGAGUCAUUCAACCAGGGCAUUCCAACCCGCCACACACAUACCACAC